AAGUAAUGUACAGAGCAUACGUAGAGGCGUUAAGAAUGACUUCUACCAAAACAUCAUCGAAUCUGAAAAUUGUUAUGUUUGUCGGGUCGGCAAGGGAUGGAAGACUUGGAGAAAGAGUGAAGCAGUUUAUGGUGAAGCAACUGGAAUCCAGACAAUAUGAUAUUAGUGUUAUUGAUGCAGCCGAUAACGAAUUUAGUAUGCUGAAUAAACCAGUGUUUUUUUAUGGUAAAGAUAGAGAAGGAGCUCCACCAUUUCUGGUGGAGAAGGAGAAACUUGUCAAGGAAGCAGAUGCUUAUGUGAUUAUCUCCCCUGAAUACAACCACUGUAUACCACCAGGUCUCUCAAACAUGAUUGACCAUUUUGGAGGCAGUUGUUUCUCCAAGAAACCAAGUGGCCUUGUCACAUACUCAGCAGGGCAAUAUGGAGGGAUGCGUGCAGCCAUGCAACUAAGAGCACUGACUGGAGAACUAGGAUGUCUCAGCGUGUCCAAUAUAUUUGGUAUACCUUCUGCCCAGAAAUCUCUAGAUUCUGAAGGAAACCCGCUCAAUGAACACAUGGAAUCUGGUGCAAACAAAUUGCUUACCCAGUUGGACUGGAUGGCAUGGGCAAUGAAAAAUCAUCGUGCCGUUUCAAACGUAGACUUUUAAUACAGAGUCAUGAGGGUUUAGUUUUAGAUGAUAUGCUUUACUUCAAAGAAAAUUUGAGGAAUUUAUAUAUUUUUGAAAAGAAUUAGUUUGGAAUAGUGGUGGAUCCCAAGGUCAUGUAGUUGAUUUAGUAUGUGUUUAUAAUCUUCAUUAUGCAGACCUGUUCUACACCACUAACGUCAUUAUUUAAGUUUGUGUAGGUGUGGUAGAAUCAACUUGCCAUUAUUUAAGUUUGUGUAGGUGUGGUAGAAUCACUAUU